AUGCUCAUGUUUCGUUUUUGGGGCUCAGAAUCAAGGGGAAGCGACACAGCUGUUCAGGUUGGUCAACCCACUUUCGAGCUUGGCAAGUCCGUGCAUCCGUUCGUGUCCGAGACAGUUACAGUGACGUCGCCUGCCCGGCCACCCAAGCGCCGGCGGCCGACUGACGCGCCCAUCGCAUUGUCUACUGGUACUCUCGCGUGCCCAGCCGUGAAGCGUACAAAGUUGGAAUAUGAUGGUUCUGCUAUCUCGCCAAAGAAGGAAACAACUUCGCUCAAGAAGGAAGACGUAGCGCCCGUGGUAGCGCCCGUGGAAGCGGAGGAGGGCAAAGUGUCGCAGUCGUCGGCGCCCAAGAUGUCAGCCAGGCUAGAGCGCGCAAAGGAGGCAAUCGAGUUGCAAUUUAGUCAGGAAAUUUUGCUCAAGCACCAUGAGCACCGUCUCGUCGAACAAGAGCUGGCUAAAUGCCAAAUCGCCAUGGAGCAGCUGCGUCGAUGCCAUCUCAUACCGUAUCCAGUCAACGUUCCAACGCCAGAGCAGAUGUUGAUUGUUGCCAGCGGCCAAGGUCCAGCGCUUCAACCCAAGACUGGUGCGCAUGUGCCUCAGUGGGCGCCGCCUUUUGGUGUGACCGACGGCCCUUACGCCCGGCAUCUUGCCAAGUGGCUGAUUCCUGACCCCAAGUUUGACGGAAUUCCGGCUCCAAUCCUAGUACAUCCCGAAAGUACUCGAGCCAGGCAUUCUGUUGAGUCACGGUCCGCAAUGCACAUGGCUCACGAGUUGGGCGUGGCCCCGAAUAAGAGUCGACGAAGUCGCGAAACAGCUGGUCAGAAGCUUCACGCGUUGCCCAGUGGAUAUUCGCAACCCAAGGGCAAAGCCGGACCGUGUGUUUUGAAACGUGCCGCCGAUGGCAAGAUGGUCAAGCUGGUAUGCGUCACGUGCCAUCGAGAGGACUUCUCGAGCACUCAAGGCUUCAUCAACCAUUGUCGUAUAGCGCACAAGCAAGAGUACAAGAGCCAUGAAGAAGCAGCUGUUGCUUGCGGCCAUCCAAUCGCCGUGGAUGAGACAGGUGGUGCCGUUGGUGCCGUUAAUGCUCCAGCACCUGUUGUCACCCGAGUGCCAGUAACAACUGCUCCUACUCGCCAGACAGUGCGUGACAAUGCUCUGAGCUAUUCAGAUGCGUGUUUCUCGGUUGUCAAGCGGAUUGAAGACUCGAUGGAGGCUAUCCGAAAUGCUGACUCAACAAAGACCCCAGCUGCAAGCCCAAUGUCCAACGCGAAUUUCAGGUCUUCAGCGGCUGCUCCUAAUUUGUCUGAACUAGCGAGAAUGAAAGGUAGUGAUGUGGACAUGGCAGAACUUGUUCGCGACGCCACAACCAAGAUUGACCUGGAUGCCCUCUUGUAUGCUGAGGAUGAGUCGGAUGACAGUGACGAAGAGUUGCUUGGCGUAGCGGACACUCGGGACGAUCCGACCCCUUUGGCACUGUCUGGCAUGCGCAUGCCAAAGCCGGUGUCCCCAGUGCCGCCUCCUGUCCUGCCCGGUAGCAUUCGGCCAACGAGCAGCUCUGGUCGUACACCACCUCUGCCUUAUGUCGCGCCCAUUGCUACGCCUGCCUUGAAUCUGUCAUCGUCAGAAUGCUCUGAAGAAGACCCCAUGGAUCUUGACCUAAGCCCGAAUACUGCCAUCAGCAACAACGCGCCGUCACUCGUAAGUGACGAUGACGACUACGAUGACUCGGUUGAUGGCUCAGGUGACGAAUCGGAUGUUGAUGAUACCCUCGACUCUCAGUCCGUGACUGACGUCGCCGAGAUUCAUUUUGAUGAUGAAGGGUCAAGUUCUCUUCGUCACCCGCAUAGCUCGACGAGUGGUCCGUCUGAUCCUAUGCAAUUACGGAAACAGGAGGAAAAACACGUGACUUUCAUGACUCCGGUCAGAGAAAGCUCAAUUCCCACGACACCAAUGCACAACGGACUCAAACGCAAGAACAGAAUCUAA